AUGGCCAUGUCGAAGGGAUUCCGUGUGCUGGAGAAAUCCAAACCACCUUCACCGCACAGCGUGUUACUGGAGCAUCGAAAUAAGCCGGAAACGUUACUCUUCGAGUCGCAAGCCGUUGCAGUGUUGUCGGCACAGGAGACGGAAAUCGUUCGGAAACAGUACACCAAAGUGCUUGACGCUUACGGGUGUCUGGGAGUACUACAGCUGAACGCUGGUGAUAGCUCCCUACUUUACCUAGUCAUGGUAACGGGCUGCUUCUCCGUGGGCAAAAUUCUCGACAGUGAAAUCUUCCGCAUCACCCAGACGCAGUUCGUAUCGCUGCAGUACCAACCGACGAACGAGGACAAGGUGGCCGAAAUACGCAAGGUGCUAAACUCGGGCACGUUUUACUUUUCCUUCUCGAAUACGGGAGCAGCAACGGGACAGGUCACCCUUGUCCAGCCGUUCGGUUUCGAUGUAACACUUUCGGCACAGAGACGCCGGCGCACGAACGAUACGGACAAUCGGUUCUUCUGGAAUCGGAUGCUGUUCAUCCAUCUGCUGCGGUUUGGAGUGGAGUGUAACUUUUGGCUUCUGAAAGCGAUGUGCGGUUCGGUCGAGAUACGUACUGUGUACGCAGGAAGCAAGCAGGCCCGGGCGGCCAUCAUAUCGCGGCUGAGCUGCGAACGGGCCGGGACACGCUUUAACGUACGUGGUACAAACGACGAAGGUUGUGUGGCAAAUUUCGUCGAGACGGAACAGUGCAUAUAUCUGGACAACGAGAUCACGUCGUACGUGCAGACGCGCGGGAGCGUACCACUGUUUUGGGAGCAACCGGGCGUGCAGGUGGGUUCGCACAAGGUGAAACUGUCCCGGGGCUUUGAAGCAUCACGGGCCGCGUUCGAUCGACACAUGCGCUCGAUGAAGGCUCGUUAUGGGCAGCAGGCGAUCGUGAAUCUACUCGGUACCAGCUUGAUCGGCAGCAAGGAAGGUGAGGCCAUGCUGAGCAACGAGUUCCAGCGGCAUCAUCGCGAAUCCGAACAUUCUGAUGUGCCGCAUCUUGUGUUCGAUUAUCACCAGGAGUGCCGUGGAGGUAACACGGUCGCCCUGUCCAAGCUGCGUCAGAAGAUCGAUGCGACCUGUUCGGACUUUGGCAUGUUUUACGCAAUCGGUGAUGCGGUGUACCGGGAGCAGCACGGUGCCAUCCGCACGAACUGUCUGGACUGUCUCGAUCGGACGAAUUGCGUGCAAACGUACAUCGGGCUGGAGAUGUUGAAUGAACAGAUUGCACUGAUGGCCGCAUUGGCGGACAAGAAGCAGCAGAUGAGCUCACGCUUUGAGGAAGUGUUUCGACAGAUGUGGAUCAACAAUGGCAAUGAGGUGAGCAAGAUCUAUGCUGGUACCGGUGCAAUACAGGGCGGUUCGAAGCUGAUGGACGGAGCACGAUCUGCUGCCCGUACGAUUCAAAAUAAUCUCCUGGAUAAUUCAAAGCAAGAAGCAAUCGAUGUGCUGCUGGUCGGUUCGACACUCAGCUCGGAACUCGCGGACCGAGCACGGAUAUUGCUACCCUCCAAUAUGCUGCACGCUCCAACGCCUGUCCUAAGAGAAAUGUGCAAACGAUAUGAAGAAUACGUCAAUCCGCUGGUAUUUCGGGUAGCCUGCGGCACGUACAACGUAAACGGCGGUAAACACUUUCGUAGUGUGGCGUACAAGGAUGUGUCGUUGGCUGACUGGCUGCUGGAUUGUCAUCGUUUGGCACGAUCUCGUUCGCUGGUCGAUUUCAGUCAGCUGGAUGACAGCAAUGAACCUCCGGUGGAUAUAUUUGCGAUUGGAUUUCAGGAAAUUGUUGACUUGAACGCAUCCAACAUCGUUGCCGCCAGCUCCGACAAUGCAAAAGCCUGGGCAGAAGAGUUGCAGAAGGUUGUAAGUCGUGAUCAUGAGUACGUGCUGCUGACAUACCAGCAGCUGGUAGGCGUCUGCCUGUAUAUCUACAUUCGACCCCAGCAUGCCCAAUACAUACGCGACGUGGCAAUUGAUUGCGUAAAAACCGGAUUGGGCGGUACGACAGGUAACAAGGGAGCGGCCGCCAUCCGUUUCGUGCUACAUGGCACCUCCGUCUGCUUCGUGUGCGCUCACUUUGCCGCCGGUCAGUCCCAGGUGGUCGAACGCAAUGCAGAUUAUGCGGAAAUUACGCGCAAGAUAGCGUUCCCGAUGGGACGCUCGUUGAAGUCGCACGAUUAUAUCUUCUGGUGCGGUGAUUUUAACUAUCGUAUCGAUAUGGAUAAGGACGAGUUGCGGGAAGCGUUAAAGCAGUCGCCAAACGACCUGACCGCAGUGCUACAGUACGACCAACUACGCAUCCAACAAAAUGCGGCCAGUGUGUUUAACGAAUUCCUCGAAGGUGAAAUCACAUUCCCACCGACGUACAAGUACGAUCUGUUCAGCGACGAUUACGAUACGAGCGAGAAAUGCCGUGCACCGGCUUGGACGGACCGUGUGCUGUGGCGAAGGCGCAAACAAAGUCCCGAUGCGGACAGGCACCCUGGAUGGAAUCCGGGUCGGCUUGUGCAUUAUGGACGGGCGGAGUUGAAACAAAGCGAUCACCGACCGGUAAUUGCCAUGAUCGACAUCGAGGUGCACUAUAUCGAUCCGCAGCGCCGAUCGGCUGUGUUUGGCGAUGUUAUUCGCGAUCUCGGUCCACCGGAUGGUACAAUUCUCAUACAGGCCUGUAAUCCCUCCAGUGGUGGCGUUACCGCCGAUUCCGGAGACGAAGAUGAAGGAAGCAUAUACGACGAGAACCUAAUGGCGGCACUGAUACAGGAACUGACACAGAUAGGUGAGGUGACGCUUGUGCGGUUCGUCGGUGAUACGAUGUGGGUAACGUUCCGAGAUGGACAGUCGGCACUGACAGCGGCCCAGAAGCGGUCGGUCCUGGUGUGCGGUGUGCAGCUAUCGAUCAAACUCAAGACGGAAAAUUGGGUCGAACAGGUGGAGAAGGAGAUUCUGCUCUGCACGCCCAACACGGUCAGCUUUUGCGAUGGCAGUCAGAGCGGCGGAGAUUACAACAGUCUCGGCAUACCGGAGAUACCUGCACGCCCGAAAAGUCCACCUUCGGUAACGCCACAAUUAGCCCGUCCCGGUCCGCCAAGUCGUCCACCGUUACCAAAGUCCCCGCAAGCAUCACCAAAGCAUCAACCGCAGCAACAUCACCAUCAGCAUCAUCCAAGAGCCGGUGUUAUUAGUUUGGGACCGGAGGUACUGUUAGCUUCGAAGUUGCAGCAACAACCAAAGGUACCGCCCCCUGUACCAGCCAUCCCAUGUCCUCCACAGCGACCCACACCACCGGUGGAAGAGUACGCCAGUUCCUCGCCCUUGCCUGGAUCGCCAUCGCACGGUACGGGACAUUUGGUGCAAUCAGGUUCCAAUCCACCGCCAGUAGACACCGGUGCAAUAUACGAAGAAAUCAAUGACGACAUCCCCGUAUCCGAGCAACCGCGUGGACCACCACCGCCACCGCCGCGUAGCGAUGUGUACGACCUGGACGUGGUGAGCAACAACAGUGGCAGUAAAACGACGGCAAAACAAACGUCGCCACCGGGCACAUCCGGCAGCUCAGGAGCUGGCUCUCCUUUAUCGACCGGUGGCAAUGGGGGCAACAAUGCAGCACUCUCCUCAGCUGGACCGCCUAAAGGUGCACCACCACCACUUCCGAUGCGACGUGGUGCUCCACCACCAAUACCGAACAGAAGCGGAGGUCCUCCACCCUUACCAGCGCGUCCAAACAAUCCCUAA